AUGCCGUCAUUCGCUUUCUGGAAGAGCUCCAAAGUCGAUCUUACGAAGACACCACUGCUUACUGAGGAUGUUGCGACUGAGCAACCCAGUAUCCUCAUUCCUUUGGUAACAAAGGACUUGGACCUGAAUCCAGAUGGCGAAGAUUCCGGUGUCUUCCUUUUUGACGAUGACGCCAUGCCACUACAAUCACCACGACCUGACCUAGUAUUAGAGACCGAGCCGCUUAUUGCAUCGCCAUCUGCUGCUGAACAAGAUCUUUCGACGAGGGAGUCGGAGCAAGAAGUCCACUCCAAAGUCAAAAACUACUCGAAGAAGUUGAUUUCCACCGACAAUGAUAAUCCGCCAGCACCACCACCCAAAUCCUCGUCAUCAGGGCAACUCCAAUGUGCUACUGCAGCGGAUGAGUCGCGUACCAUCAUCAACGAAGAGCGAUCGGAAGCUCCCCAACGGACUCAAGAAAAACUUCCAAAACAGCUGGAACCUUUGUCUUCCUCUCUUGAACGGUCCCCCAACCACGAAAACUCCCCCAAAAGACCAGUACCAUCCGCAAUGGACAAAACCUCGACUCAAUCCCACGACCGAGACUCCGGCGUGUACGUCUCAGACGACGAAAAUCUACCACCACAAUCGCGGCCCGCAUCUCUUGCGCUCAGUGACUUCAACCAGCGAUCAAGAAAUGCAUCCGUCUCUUCAAAGCACACUGCUUCAACGUCGACGUCUUCGCCUCGGCAACGCACAGAUUCAAUCGCACGUUUGAAGCGACCCGCAGAGCUGAACCUGGGAGCAAACCCAGUAUCCGACUCAUCCAAGCCACGCUCCGAGCUCGAGAAGCGGUACGAUUUGAUCCGUAAUUCAAAGACACAAUCGAAAGCCGCUCUGAGGUCACCCACCGCACUACUACAGGAACGACUGAACAUGUCGACGAAGAAAGAAAGGGUUGAGGAAGAAAAGACGCGUGUGUUUACACCACCGAGGCAGAUGACAAAUGGCUGCUGGCUGCCUGGUCCAGGUGCUCAGAUGGACGCGUUCACCAGCACAUCAGUUCGUGCGCGGACAGAAGCUGAAGGUCGACCUGCGUGGUGGUGCAAGGUCGACAAGCUCGUUGUGUUCGAUGGUGUCGACAUUAACAGCGAGGGAGACUUGAAGGUGUACACACGCACUAGCAAGGGUCUCAGCAUUGCACGUCGACGCGGCGAUAUGGAGACGAUUGUCAUUCCGAUGGACUGUGCACACUGUCAGGAGAUGUUGAACCGACAUGAGUGGAAGUACGACAUGCGCGUAUGUAAGAGAAAUGUAUGCUGGGAUUGCAAAGAGAGGUGCAAGUGGGAAUUGGAACAAGAGAAGCUUGUGCAUGAGGAGACAGCAGCCAAGGCGGAUGGCAACAGAUAUCGCGCGGACAGUGUCUUGCAAGACGAAGAGCCAGAAGAAGAACAUAUGAUGCAAAAGAUUGGUAUUGAGCAAGAACGGUCGAUGAGCCCGAUCGAAGCGAUGGGUGGAAUUGAGGAAAGACUAGAAAGUAGGUCGGUGGUCGCUUGA